GCAGGGCGGGAAUACCAUCAGGAAAAGAAGGGACCGUUCUUUCCAGACUCUUUGAAUAAACCGAAAAAGGCUGCACCCCUAAACCUAGUGGGACCCGGGCCCCAGCAUCCAACCGUCAAAAAUGGGUUCGACUACGACGCACAGGUGCACGGGAUUCGGGAUCCAGGAGAUUCUGGGCUCGAACAUGGAAUCUCUGCAGCACAGGGCGCACCUUCUGGCGGCUAGGUCGGCUUUGGGCCCCGCGGGAGUCGGGGUUGGGAUGGGAAUUAUUGGUCCAGGAGUAAUGCAUUCGUUUUACAGCCAGCCUGCCUUUCUGGAGGUGAUACAGGAGGCGCAGAGUGUUCACCUUCAGCCGCUCAACAGUGCCAGGGGACAGCUGGAUUCGCAUCACUCCGCAAGCUGCUCUGAUUCAGAUGACGUAUCCUCCAACGAAAAUACAUUUUCCAAAUCAUCAAUGAACCAAAACAACAAAAUAAAGAAGAGACUUCACAGGACUAUAUUCACAUCAGAUCAGCUGGAUGAGUUGGAGAAGGCUUUCAAUGAGGCCCGCUACCCUGAUGUCUACGCCAGAGAGAUGCUCUCCAUGAAGACUGAUCUUCCAGAGGACAGGAUACAGGUUUGGUUUCAGAACCGCCGUGCCAAGUGGAGGAAGAGGGAGAAGUGUUGGGGUCACAGCAGUGUGAUGGCAGAGUACGGCCUGUACGGAGCCAUGGUCCGUCACUCCAUCCCUCUGCCUGAGUCCAUCCUCAAGUCAGCCAAGAACGGCAUCAUGGACUCCUGUGCCCCAUGGCUACUGGGUAUGCACAAGAAGUCCAUAGAUACCCCUGUUCUAACCUCUCCUGGAAAACUGGAAGCUCCCCUCUCCCAACUUCCUGCCAGGGAACGAGAGGGGGAGGAAGUGGUGGAGGAAGAGGAGGAGGAGAGGAGGAGGGAGAAUGCCAGGUCGCCCAUAUCCAAAUAGGAACUGAGAGAGAAUAGCAUCGCUGCACUCAGGGCUAAAGCCACAGAACACAGCGCUAAGAUGCUACGCACACAUCCUGGUGACGGACCACUGGGGACAGUUUCAGGGGACGGACCAGGGGGACAGGGACAGCUGAUGGAGACAGAGGAUAAAACAGACAGGAGGACAGACAGGAGGACGGUUGAAGCCUGCAGCAGAGAUAGAACCCAGUCAGUCUUCUUCUAAAGACUGUGCUAGGGCCUGUUGAUGCCCUCUCUGUAAAGAACACUGUUUUACAUAUUCCUGACGUCCAUACUAUCAUAAACAAGAUAGUAUUGGUCACAAUACACAAUAUUCUCGCUAGCAAAAAAGCUUCGUAAUGUUCCUUUGACACCAAAAAGCUGAUAUUGUCAACCUCACAAUCCUCCUGUCAUGGGGAUUCAUUUGGUCCAGAUCACAUUUUCUAUACCCUGGUCUAUAACUGUCCACUAUUUUGUAAUCUGGCAGCUAUUUGGCAGCUAUUUGGCAGCUAUUUGGCAGCUUGCUAUUGUGCAGCUUUAAGAAGAAUAACUAUUUGGUUACAUGGAUCAGUCUUUACAUAUGUACCCUAUUGUUUUCCAAGGUAAUAGGCAAAUCACACAAGGUGAAAGAUACAUGUUAUGAUAAAAUGGUGUGAAAAAUAUACAUGGUCUCCUGUGGAAUAAUGUGAAAAACAAGAAACUCACCUUGAGAGGAUGCAUGAGCCUUUUUUACACUAAAUAGCCUAUCCCCUUGAAAUGUACAAUACAAUACAUGC